AUCCACCACGCAAAUGGGGAACAGUGGUAGUUCCACAGUAGAUGAUCUGCAAACCGUUGAGAUCCACCAUUGGUACAAAAAGUUUAUGACCGAGUGUCCAUCAGGACAGCUGACUGAGCAUGAAUUUAAACAGUUCUUUGGGCUUCGGGGGCUGGAUCCUGCGGCCAAUGAGUACAUUGAACAGAUGUUCCGCACUUUUGAUAUGAACAAGGAUGGGUAUAUCGAUUUCAUGGAGUAUGUGGCUGCACUCAGCCUAGUUCUCCGGGGAAAGAUGGAACAGAAAUUACGUUGGUACUUCAAGCUCUAUGAUGUGGAUGGCAAUGGCUGCAUUGACCGACAUGAACUGCUCAACAUCAUUAAGGCUAUUCGUGCUAUUAAUGGCUGUGACCAUGAAACUAGUGCGGAGGAGUUCACCAACCGAGUCUUCAAUAAGAUCGAUGUCAAUGGCGAUGGUGAGCUUUCACUGGAUGAGUUUGUGGAAGGAGCCAGAAAAGAUGAGGAGUUCAUGGAGGUGAUGAUGAAGAGCUUGGACCUGUCACACAUUGUGACCAUGAUCAACAACCGGCGGCACAGUGUCUAGAGCCAUCUGGAAGAGAGAGGGGUGUGUGAAAGAGAGACUACAGAUGGGUGUGCAACUAGGUAAAGAAGGUGGGCAUGAGAAUAAAACAGAUAUGGUAUGUGGGUUGAGAGAGAGAGAGACGUGGUUCUGUAUGUGCGUGUUUUCUUUUGCGUGUGUGUGUUUGUGUGCUUGAACACAUGCUGCAACUCAGACACAUACACACAAUGCUGGUUCAACAAACUUGGACCCCUAUGAUGCUAUUUGAUUGGCCUUCUGGGCCAAAAGGGCCAAGUGCACAACUUUCUCCCCUCUGCCUGCCCCAGAUUGCUCUGACAUGCCUGAUAACGGGGGAGAGUGUCAAACCCAUGGGGUAGGGCAUAUGUAAUGUGUCCAGAAUAUGUUUGUGUCUGUGGCAAAAGCUUGGAGAAAAGGGAGGCUGGAAAGCCCCAGGGGAUUCAGCUUUUAUUAGCAUAGAGCUCUGUCAGCACAAAGCAACUCAUGCUUCACUUGACGUGGCAUUGGUGUGAGUGCACUAAUGGUCCUGAUAGCACUUCACCCUCCCUUGGUUGGGUGAGGCGCACGUGGGCUGUAGAUUUGGCAGCCUGUCUGAACUGGCCCUGCUCACACAAAGCCAACUCACUAGAAGAAACAAAUUAACUGCUAAGGCAGUGGUUCCCCAAACUUUUUACUAAGAUGACUCAUCAACUGCAUUUUUAUCUUUUUUGUGACCCCCCCACACACGGUUACAUAUAUGCAUCCUCCUCCCUGAUACCUUCCUGCCUGGUAUAGUGGAGAGGUCAUGGAAGAGGCUGCUCUGUACUCACUCCCACAAGAGUAGCUCCCAUCUCACAGAACUGGGCCUUUCUCCCAGCUCCAGGUGUUGCUACCUGGUGCACAGGGUCGCAGAGCCACUCAGGUUUGGUCCAGCCACCCCUCUGUCAUGACAGAGGAGAGACUAGGCCAAAUUUGAGUGAGAGGCAUUGUGACCCAUGUGCAAGGUCACAGCGCCUAGUAUGGGAGCCGGACCCACUCCAUGGGAUAGGAGAGACUGCACCAGGCCAGGACAAGUGUAUGUUUGCUUAGGGCCCCACAACCUAUCUAGAACCUUCCCAUGACCCACUAGUGGGUUGGGACUCACCAUUUGGGGAGCACUGCCCAAAGAGCAGUGGUGAUGGGUCCUGUUCCCUGCUGACUCCCAGGGACUGAAUUGCACUGGGCACCAUUAUUAGUGUUGUUUGCAGCUUUUGCCAGAACAUGGAACUCUUCCGUCCAAUUAAAGGUGCAAAGUGCAGUCACACUGCAUGGGGGGAGGAUCUCCACCCAACUUGGCAAGCCAAAAGCAGUAUCUCAGUGAUGAAGCCCUCUCUGCAGUCUUCGCACCUCUCUAUGCUCUUUGCACCUGAAGCCAUGAUCUGAUUCCUCACACUGUUAUGUCUCUGAUGUCAACUGAGUUUUCACUGGUGUAGCAGAGUGGAGAACCAAGCACUCAUGCUCUGGUAUCUCAGAACCAGUUGCCUCUUUGUUUUGCAUAGGGACAGCCAGUAGAAUCAUUAAACCGUCCCUUUGUCACACAUCCUCCUUUGUUUUCUUUUCAAUGCAGCUAACAAAUUGUCUGGUUUCUGAUACUGUGGCUGCCUGGCUGAACCCAAUGCUGUACUUCAAACCAACACUGUUUGUAAACUGGUCUGCACCUUUGCUCAUGUGGGGUACUGGUGCUGCUGGCAGAAAGCUGUGGGAUGGGGAGAGGCAAAGCUCAGCAAAUAAAUUAUGACUUGCACCAGAGUGCAUGUUCCCCAGCUGCGAAUUUGUUGGCUGAACAGGAUGGAAGGGGAUUACUGCCACCGCCCCGACCUAACUCAAGUCCAGCUAAGUGUGAUAGAGAUUUAUAGACGCACACCUUUCAUCAAUCUCAUGAAAUUCCUAAGAAGACACUUGUGGUUCACUGUGUUGGAUUUUGCUAAUCCAGUGAGAUCAGGGCACAAUUUCUUUGUCAAACUCUGGUAUACAUGAGUUUUCCUCCGCAAGGGACUUUUACUGCUUCCAUGUACAUUUUGGGGGCUGAGGUGGCUCCUAUGAAGAGAGUGAUGCCACAGUUGUCCUGGCUAGGUGCCAGUGGAACUCUGGGUAGGAUGCAGUGUCAGAGUAUUCCUAGUGACACUGAGCCCUUGCACCAGAGAAUCCCAAGUGAUCUGUGACCCCUGCCGCUGAGCUGUGCAUAGGGAGGAAUGCACACCAGUGUCUGCUGCACAGGGAAAAUCUAGUUUUUGCUUUUAUAGGACACUAAAGAAUUUUCCAUAUAUGCUGCCGCUGUUCAAGAGAAGUCACUAAAUAGUUACAGAUGCUUGUUGUGUCUUGUACUGAGUAGCUGUAUAUGCUUAUGAGCAUAUAUAAUAUUCUUGGCAUGUGCAGUUUCCAUAUUAGUUUUGGCUAUCUGUAAGUAUUUACUUAUUUUUACACUAUUUAAGUCAGCUGACAUGUCCAUACACCCAGCAUGCCACCCCUUUUCACAGUAUCCAGCACAGUCAAUGGAUGCUUUGCACUAACAAGGCAAUGGGCAAAACAGGGCUUUAGUGAGGUGCAGGAAUAUGGUGUUGUGUUUAGACUCAUUAAUCCUGUUCUUUUUUUUGGUUAGAAAUUUUUACUGUUUGCCUGUUGUCUCUGUGGCCAGUCCAUCCUGUGACUGAUGGAGCCUGCAGGGCAUGUGCCUUUAUUAAGAAGUUUUGUUGUUUUGAAGGGAUGGGGAGGAUUUGUAAAUAAGAAGUGAUUUUUGGAAAUAUUUGGCUUUCUUUGUACAGUUAAGAAUAA